UUCAAAGAAGCUUUCUACAAGUUCUCACACAUUGAGCUUUGUCACCUUUCGGGGUCAAGGUUAUCACCGUAUGACCUUGCUGAAGUCAGUUGCCCGGGCUGCUAAUCUCGUGUUGAACAGGUGGUUCAGUCGCUACACGAUGGCCAGUAAUCACCAGUGUGGUUUAGCUGUAGCUCUAAACGAAAAGUCAUUACCACCUCCCCCUGAAUUUAUUAAACAUCGUGAAGAGUUAUGGAACAAACUGAAAAGGGAAUAUGAUGGUUUCGUUGCUUCACAACCACGUUCACCUGUUCAGAUCACUUUACCAGAUGGAACCAUUGUGGAUGGAAAAGCCUGGGAAACUACUCCAAUGGAAGUGGCUAAAAAUAUUAGUAAAACUUUGGCUGAACAAGCUGUAAUCGCUAAAGUCAAUGGAGAAUUGUGGGAUUUAUUACGCCCCUUUGAAAAGAAUUCUAGCCUCGAGAUUUACAAUUUUGAUCACAAAGAUGGUCAAUAUGUAUUUUGGCAUUCAUCUGCCCAUGUUCUCGGUGAAGCCUUAGAACGUUGCUAUAGUGGACAUUUAUGCUAUGGACCACCUGUUGAAGAAGGAUUUUAUUAUGAUAUGUGGGUCCCUAAUCAACAACACUCUGGUCUUCGUCCAGAAGAUCUCUCUAUUGUGGAAAAUGUGUGUCAUAGUAUUUGUAAAGAAAAUCAACCGUUUGAACGUUUAGAAAUGAAAAAAGAAGAUUUAUUGAAAAUGUUUGCCUACAAUGAAUUCAAAUGUCGGAUAAUUCGCGAAAAGAUAGAUACACCAACUACUACAGUUUAUCGAUGUGGUCCUCUUAUCGAUCUCUGCCGUGGACCACAUGUUAGACAUACCGGUUGCAUAAAGGCUCUAUCAGUCACUAAAUGUAGUUCCUCUUAUUGGGAAGGUCGUACGGAUGCGGAAACUUUACAACGUGUCUAUGGUGUUUCAUUUCCAGAUCCAAAACGUUUGAAAGAAUGGAAACACAUUCAAGAAGAAGCAGCUAAACGUGAUCAUCGUAAACUUGGAGUUGAACAAAAAUUGUUUUUCUUUCAUGAAUUAUCUCCUGGUAGUUGUUUUUUCUUGCCUGCUGGUGCACAUAUCUAUAAUACAUUAGUUUCAUUUAUUCGUUCUGAAUAUUGGAAACGCGGUUUUCAAGAAGUAAUCACUCCAAAUAUUUAUAAUUCUGCAUUAUGGGAACAAAGUGGACAUUGGCAACAUUAUAGUGAACAUUUAUUUAAAAUUGAUGUUGAGAAGCAAACAUUUGGUUUAAAACCUAUGAAUUGUCCAGGUCAUUGUUUAAUGUACGCUAAAGAGAUUCGUUCACAUAAAGAAUUACCAUUGCGUUUUGCUGAUUUUGGUGUAUUACACAGAAAUGAAUUCUCAGGUGCUUUGUCUGGUCUUACUCGUGUUCGUCGUUUUCAACAGGAUGAUGCGCAUAUAUUUUGUCGUGAAGAUCAGAUUAAAGAUGAAAUCAAGAGUUGUUUAGAUUUUUUGCGUUAUGUGUAUGGUGUAUUUGGUUUCUCAUUUGAAUUGUACUUAUCCACUCGUCCAGAAAAAUACAUGGGUGAAAUCGAAAUGUGGGAUCGUGCUGAAAAGCAACUAAAAGAAAGUUUAGAUGAAGUCGGUCUGAAAUGGGAACUUAAUCCUGGUGAUGGUGCAUUCUAUGGACCUAAAAUCGACAUAAACAUAAUGGAUGCUUUACGUCGUCGACAUCAAUGUGCAACAAUACAAUUAGAUUUCCAAUUACCAGUCAGAUUUAAUCUCUCUUAUGCCAGCGAAACUGAUAAUCCUUCUGGGAGUGAUAAUAAUUGUAAUAAUGUAUCAAAUACCACAAAUGGUAUAUCUAACCAUCACGAACCAAUCAAUCAUCAGACUGACUUAAACACUCACCGACCUGUCAUUAUUCAUAGAGCUAUCUUGGGUUCAGUCGAGCGAAUUAUAGCGAUUCUCACAGAAUCUUAUGGAGCUCUUCGCUAGGUUACACUUUCUCAAUCGACAGUUCGUCAAAAAACUCACCAAUCGAAAUUCGGAAUGCGCGAAUCCUAGUUCGCCUAUCGACUUACUACUCAAUUUAACCAUCGCGACACUUAGGUUAGCAUGACUGACCUUCAGAAUCGACAAAAUAAUCUCGAUCUUCACUGGUCCACCGAUAUGAACAUAUACCUUUUUACUAUCCUUAGUCUUCAGUCCGAUAAUAGAACUCCGAAAACAGGUAGUGCAGUAGUACAUCUUUUAUGAAUCAACGCAUACAAUAAUAUGGAUUAAUUUUCUGGGUCACACAUCAAUUUGACUAUGAAAUCAAAGAGUAAGCAUAACUACGCCAGAAGGGCAAGAAGAUGGAGGAAAAUCAUGUAUGUUUGAUUAGCCAUAAUUAAAGAAUAAUAAAAUGUGUACAGUAGUAGUUUAUAGAUCCACUGUAAGCUUACAAUAAGCAGAAUACAGGCGCAUAAUAGUUUAAUUCUCUAAUGAUUAUACAGUAAAAAUCUAAAUGAUAAAUAUGUAUUAGUUGUUUGGAUCCUCCUAUUAAUGUUUAGAACUAUAAUUGAUCAGUCUCUUUUGGCAUAUGUGGAUCCUAUGCCGAUUGUUUCAAUAUUGCCAUUAAGUCACAAGCAUUGUAAGCAGGGACGGAUAAUGGCUAGCAGUGGAAUCGAGGAAGCGGGUUUUAUCCUGUUCGGGACUCCUCAGCUGAGUAUGCCUAUAUCCUAGUAACCCGUUAAAUUAGUCCAAAAAGUUACACUUUCCGUAAACUUCCAUCCGUUCAAAUAUUGUAUGUGUAUGAAUCAUAUCAGAGGGAACAACAGGAUAUUCUGUUAUACUUUAUUGUAUAUAUCAUUCACCUAUAUUCUAUUCAUUUGGCAUAUUUUUUCUCUUGUAUUGUCACAGGAAAAUGGCCAUUUUGGCUUAGUCCCCGUCAAGUUUUAAUAGUUCCUGUUGUUUCAGCAUGUGAUGAAUACGCGAUAGAUGUAAAAAAUCGUUUACAUGAUGCUGGCUUUAUGGUUUCCGUUGACACAGAUCCUGGUCGUACUUUAAAUAAAAAAAUUAGAAAUGGACAGUUGCUUCAAAAUAAUUUUAUUCUAGUGGUUGGUGAAAAAGAAAUUACUAAUGGAACUGUCAAUGUUCGUACACGGGAUAACAAAGUUCAUGGCGAGCAUCCUGUUGAACAUGUUAUUGAACGUUUUCGUCAGUUGGCGGCAUCAAGAACACUGGAAGCAGAACAGGAAUUUUAAUGAAAUAUACAAGUUACUAUUCUAAUUUCAUUGUAAAUGAAAAUUGGCAUUGUCACUUCUAAUAUAAGUGUAUAAUAUGGACUUUUUUAUUUAUUUUCUCCUACCUCUGUGUUUCAAGGUUAAAGCUGUGUAAUAUUCUCUUUGGCUUGCUGCGAUUCGAGAAAGAGAGGAGAGGGAGUGUGAAAUAAUUACAUGAUACAUUCAUUUAAUCACAAUUUUGUAUUUCAAAGUGUGUAGAAUUGGAAACGUUAUGACAGUAUCUUGUAUUAUACACGAAUGAGUUUGUAUUUCAGAAUAAGGAUUUUUAAGGUGUAGUUGUGUAUUUCGGGCUGGAUAGUUUAGUCGUGAAACCUCCAUCCAUAUUGAUCCAAUGCUCAAUUACAAUAAAGUCAACCCAACGGCUCUGUUGUAUUACCACGACUCAAAGUGCUACGUUUGAAGUGGUUACGAAAUCAGGUAAAACCGGCGAAUGGAACAAAAGUCAGCAACACAACAAGACAAACUAAGCUAUUCCAAUGCGCCCCAGUCCUGUUCAGUCGAGGGAGAAAAGGAGCUCCAGCCUGGAAAAUAUAUAUUCGACAAGCAGCUGUAAGCAUGAACGAAUUAGCACGCAACCCAAGCGUAUAUACACAAUACAGAAACAUCCUUGGCAAACGUCACAAAACAGCGUACUAAAAGAGAAAACGAACCAAUAACAUUUAAGGUCUUUCCAGGUGGGAAAUAUAAAACUGGAAGUAGAAAUGUGGGCCUUUAGCACAAAUAUGAGAAGUUCAAAUAUGCAUAAUAAAAUUGAAGAAAUCAGUUUACCGAGUUAUUUCUGAAGAUCGAGCAUCUCCAACACAAAGGACAGGUACAUUGAAGAUAGUUAACGUCCUAAAAACGUCACCAAACAAGUCCCAAAUCAUUCCUAGGCCAUAAUAUAAUCAUUUAUGUACCAAACUUCACACGCACUUCAUAGUAUCACAUAGGGGGAUACGCACUUCUACUGUAAAAAUGCACACGAUAAAUGUAGCUCACCUGAAUCAACACCAAAUAAUCUGGUUACACUGAACGACAGUUCACACUUGCCAUGUAGAACAACGUUUUCGCUGAAUCGAUACAAGGAAAUAUUGACCCCAAAAUGUCAGACUGAACGAAUUUCUCACCUAUCACCCCGAUCUAAAUUCAUAAGGAAUUAAUACAAAAAUUACUGACUUCAAGUGUCAUUUUCUUGUUCCGUCAGACCAGACUCAAAAUAAACUGUAUAAAUCGUUUUCAAUAAAUUGAAUGCACACUGCAGCACUCCUAUCACACGGAAAUACGUCAAACAUCGUCUACAAUAUAAUCGAAGCACUACAUGGGACAAAGUGAUUGCUCUCUUCUACGUGAGUACUAGGUAGCCGUUUGACGCCAUAGCAUAGCUUCUCUUCUUUCGAUGCAUGUAGAAAGCUAUGGACAUGACAUUGGCUGUGAAAUCGCGUUAGGUAGUGUUUGGAUGUAUCAAACCAAAAUAGUAUAAACAACAAUUAGUCUCAUAUCAACACAUUUGUAAAUAUUUAAUUUAAGCAAAACAACUUAUUGACUGUCGCCAUCAAGUGAAAUAAUAUAAUCCAUUGUAUCAAUGAUAUCGACAUAAAAUUGUCAAAUCACUUAGUGUUACUUAAGAAAGCGUAGCUGUGAAUUUACACAAAUUAGCCUAAUUCAUUAAUUCCGGUGCAAGAGGACAAUGUGAUGUGUAUUUAAAAUGAAUUUCGACUUGCUGUGCAUCGAAACUUUAAAUGGAAUAGCUUGUAAUGCCGUGCUUCAUUAAUAGUUCACUUCGAUAACCGUUAUUAUACCAAUCUUAACGGUGUUUAAAAUCAGAAGGCAAAAGGAAGCGGCAAGUACAUUUUUAUUGAUAAAUGAUGCAGACCAGAAGGUUAUAAGCACAUGAGCAAAUGUUAGCGAGCGAAGCAUAAACGACAUGUAUUGGAGAUGGAUGGGAAGCCGACUUUAGAGCGAAGCGAAAAUAAUUCACAUUUUGGAGAUGGCGGGGAAGCCAACUCGCUAAGAGCAAGGAUUACUCAAUAUUUAUAGCCAGACAAAAAUGAAUGACAGACAUAUGAUGAAUAAGAUACGAAGUGUGCAUACACAUACGCUCAUAUAAAAAGUAGUCAAGGUUAAUAAGCGAAUAAUUAACAAGAACACAUGAAUCGUAAUGUGUAGGUGAAAUAGCUUGGCCAGUAUCUAGAAUAAAGUAUAUUGUCUUAACAUAACAACUGAUACUACAAGCUGUUAAUCUCACUUUGCACAUGACUUAUCAAUGUUCACAAAUUUUGUGUGAAUAUCAAAGUCCUAAAAAUGUUAUUACAAGUAAUAUUGGUUUUUGACAUUAAGAUAUUGACAGUACACUCAUGAUAGAACCAAAUACGGUCAGUCGAUACGUUAAAUGCAACUUAGAACUUGACACAUUUGUUCAUCCCUUCUAGCUGCCUGUUAUAUCCCCUGGUGAAUUAUGAAUGGUAAAUCUGAAGUCUAUUUAUGGACAAAUGUAAUAUGUCUAUUUCCUAUUGUAUAGUUGUUAAAUAACUGAACUAUUCGUGUUCCUCUUAUCGUAACCUUUAUUUUGACCUUUGAACUAUUAUUAUUGAUUACUUUCCCCCUAUCCACAGCCACAUUGGCCAAUUAUUGUACAAAUGUUAUUUUUUGGUAUAUGGGGUCUGUUUGGUUAGUAUAUAAACCCAGUAUGCUUGUGAAUAAUGAUUCAUACUGCC